AUGUGGCCGUUUGAAGGUAGGUUCGCCAUUUUAGAUUUUCUGCGCUCUAGGGUAGCGCACGGCGAGGCAUCGGCCGCAGACCGGCCUCGCCUUUCGGUGGAGCAGCGCUACCCUCUCCCCGAGAAGUAUGAGAAGAACCCAGACCUAAUUCCCAAGUAUUAUGCUUUCCAGUCGAACCUGGUUACUGACGAUGACCUGGUUCCUGGUAUGCUUCGUCAAUUGGAGGUCGACAAGCGAUUGACACUGCCUACUCGUACUCAUAUCCGCUUUUUGAUCACGUCUACUGAUGUGAUUCACACAUGGUCAAUUCCUAGCCUCGGUAUCAAGGCUGAUGCUGUACCUGGACGUCUCCACCGUGUGAACACUUUUAUCCUUCGUGAAGGUGUUUUUUACGGCCAGUGUUCUGAGAUGUGCGGUACACUGCACGGAUUUAUGCCCAUCGUCGUCGAGGCUGUAGCGCCUGAGACAUAUGCGGCACAUGCGAAAAAGUAUUAUAGAGAGGACUAA